UUGUCACAUCUUGCUAUUCGUGCAAUGGGCAUAGUAGCGUCUCUGGGAACUGAGUCCGCCAUUUUGCGGCUGUUCAAAGCAGAAGCCGGCAACGCAAGAAAACAUCCUGCCGCAUUGCGGCAAUCGGUUACUUAUUCUAUGCAAAGUGGAUAAGUCCGAUCCAAGAUGUAUUUGUAUAACUUGACACUGCAAGGGUCUACGGCCAUCACACAUGCCGUCCACGGUAAUUUCUCCGGCACAAAGCAGCAGGAGAUCAUAAUAUCACGUGGAAAAACAUUAGAGAUGCUUAGACCGGAUCCUAAUACCGGCAAAGUUCAUACGCUGAUGAAGGUUGAAAUAUUUGGCAUUGUUCGAUCCAUGAUGUCAUUUCGUCUGACCGGCGGCACAAAAGAUUACUUGGUUGUUGGCUCUGAUUCUGGUCGUAUUGUUAUAUUGGAGUACAUUCCAGCUAAAAAUAUUCUAGAAAAGGUGCAUCAAGAAACCUUUGGAAAGUCUGGUUGUCGUAGAAUUGUGCCCGGACAGUACCUAGCCAUAGAUCCUAAAGGCAGAGCUGUUAUGAUUGGUGCUAUUGAGAAGCAGAAAUUGGUGUACAUUUUGAACAGAGAUGCAGAAGCUAGAUUAACAAUUUCCUCACCACUGGAGGCACAUAAAUCAAACACUUUAGUAUACCACAUGGUUGGUGUGGAUGUUGGCUUUGAGAACCCCAUGUUUGCAUGUUUGGAGAUAGAUUAUGAAGAAGCAGAUGCUGAUCCUUCAGGUGAAGCUGCUCAAAAGACACAGCAAACAUUAACUUUUUAUGAAUUAGAUUUGGGUCUCAACCAUGUUGUUAGAAAAUAUUCAGAACCACUAGAGGAACAUGCAAACUUUCUUAUAACCGUUCCUGGUGGUAAUGAUGGGCCUUCUGGUGUACUUAUCUGUUCCGAGAAUUACCUGACAUACAAAAAUUUAGGAGACCAGCAUGAUAUCCGAUGCCCCAUACCCAGGAGACGUAAUGAUUUGGAUGAUCCUGAAAGAGGAAUGAUAUUUGUUUGCUCUGCAACACACAAGACAAAGUCCAUGUUCUUUUUCUUGGCUCAAACGGAGCAGGGUGAUAUAUUUAAAAUAACAAUAGAAACUGAUGAAGAUAUGGUCACAGAAAUAAAGCUCAAAUAUUUUGACACUGUACCAGUUGCAACAGCCAUGUGUGUUCUGAAAACUGGUUUUUUGUUUGUGGCUUGUGAGUUUGGCAACCAUUACUUGUAUCAAAUUGCUCAUUUGGGUGAUGAAGACGAUGAGCCAGAGUUCAGUUCAGCAAUGCCACUGGAAGAGGGUGAUACAUUCUUCUUUGCUCCACGGCCACUUAGAAAUUUGGUGCUAGUUGAUGAAUUGGAUUCACUUUCACCAAUAUUAGCUUGCCAUGUGGCGGAUUUAACUGGUGAAGACACUCCUCAAGUAUAUCUAGCUUGUGGUAGAGGACCUAGGUCAUCAUUACGGGCAUUGAGGCAUGGUCUGGAAGUGGCAGAAAUGGCGGUCUCAGAACUGCCAGGUUCUCCUAAUGCUGUGUGGACUGUAAGACGACACAAAGAUGACGACUUUGACUCUUACAUCAUAGUGUCAUUCGUUAAUGCCACCCUUGUGCUUUCUAUUGGUGAGACUGUAGAGGAAGUGACAGACUCCGGCUUUCUGGGAACAACACCUACGCUGAGUUGCCAUGCACUUGGUAGUGAUGCUCUAGUCCAAGUAUAUCCAGAUGGUAUUAGACAUAUUCGGGCCGACAAAAGGGUAAAUGAAUGGAAGGCGCCUGGCAAAAAGUCUAUAGUUAAAUGUGCUGUGAACCAAAGACAAGUUGUUAUUGCAUUAACUGGUGGUGAACUUGUUUACUUUGAAAUGGAUCCUACUGGACAGUUAAAUGAAUACACAGAAAGGAAAAAACUGUCUUCUGAUGUUUCUUGUAUGGCGUUAGGCUCUGUGGCGACAGGCGAGCAGCGAGCUUGGUUCUUGGCUGUUGGCCUUGUCGAUAAUACUGUUCGAAUCAUUUCAUUGGACCCAGCGGAUUGCUUAGCACCACGUUCGAUGCAGGCACUACCUGCCAGUCCAGAAUCUUUAUGUAUAGUUGAUCAGCCUUUUGAGACUGGCGCAAAGUCUGCAUUACAUCUUAAUAUAGGACUUAACAAUGGAGUACUUUUAAGAACAACUCUAGAUUCUGUUAGUGGAGAUUUAGCAGAUACAAGGACCCGGUAUUUGGGAUCCCGUCCAGUGAAGCUGUUUAAAGUAAGAGUACAAUCGGCCGAAGCGGUAUUAGCUGUGUCGUCUAGGACGUGGCUGGGCUACCAGUAUCAGAAUCGGUUUCAUCUUACACCACUCUCGUACGAAUGUCUAGAAUAUGCAGCCGGUUUCAGCUCAGAACAGUGUACCGAGGGUAUCGUAGCAAUUUCGUCAAACACAUUAAGGAUUUUGGCAUUAGAAAAAUUGGGUGCUGUGUUCAAUCAAACAUACCAGCCAUUGGAGUACACACCACGAAAGUUUAUCAUUAACUCUGAAAACAAUCAAAUAAUUAUUCUAGAAACUGAUCAUAACUCCUACACAGAGGAAAUGAAGAAGCAAAGAAGGGUGCAAAUGGCACAAGAAAUGAGAGAAGCGGCGGCUGGCGGGGCACCUGAAGAACAACAACUGGCAAACGAAAUGGCAGAUGCAUUCCUAUCAGAUGUUUUACCAGAAAACGUGUUUUCAUCACCAAAGGCUGGCGCGGGUAUGUGGGCAUCCCAAAUCAGAGUGGUGGACAUGACCACAGGUGGAAGUCCGACCACAGUAGCAAAGCUGCAAUUGGAACAGAACGAAGCGGCCGUGUCACUGUGUGCGCUUCGCUGGGCGGCGCACGGGGAGCAUGCAGUUCUGCAUCUGGUGGUUGGUGUCGCCAAGGACUGUAUACUGUCGCCGAGAAUGUGCACAGAGGGCAGUUUACAUGUUUACAAGGUUUAUAAUACGGGUAAAUUAGAAUUGGUUCACAAAACUCCCGUAGAUGAAUACCCUGGAGCGUUAGCUGCAUUUAAUGGCAAACUCCUAGUUGGUGUAGGCCGUAUGUUAAGACUCUAUGACAUCGGCAGAAGAAAAUUACUUCGCAAGUGCGAAAAUAGACACAUUCCAAACCUCAUAGGGGAUAUUAAAACAGUUCGGCAAAGAAUUUACGUAGCAGAUGUGCAGGAUUCAAUCUUUUGUGUCAAAUACAAGAAAAGAGAGAACCAACUGAUCAUAUUUGCAGAUGACACUAAUCCUAGGUGGAUAACAAAUAGUUGCAUCCUAGAUUACGAUACAAUAGCAAUUUCUGAUAAGUUUGGUAAUAUAGCCAUCAUGAGAUUACCACAAACAGUCACAGAUGAUGUGGAUGAAGAUCCUACUGGGAAUAAAGCUUUAUGGGAUAGAGGUCUUCUCAAUGGAGCAUCACAGAAAGGCGAUAUUGUCGUCAAUUUCCAUGUUGGUGAAACUGUGACGACACUGCAGAGAGCAACAUUGAUUCCCGGCGGAUCGGAAGCUCUCCUAUACGCAACAGUUAGCGGCUCACUUGGAGUACUCCUACCGUUCACUUCCAGAGAAGACCACGACUUCUUUCAACAUCUGGAGAUGCACAUGAGAAGUGAAAAUUCGCCGCUGUGUGGACGCGAUCACUUGUCUUUUAGAAGUUAUUAUUAUCCUGUAAAAAAUGUGAUUGAUGGAGAUCUCUGUGAACAGUUCAACUCUUUGGAGCCAGCCAAACAAAAGGCGAUCGCUGGUGACUUGGAACGAAUGCCAGCGGAAGUGUCCAAAAAACUUGAAGAUAUUAGGACAAGAUACGCGUUCUAAGCUCAAGUUUAAUCUUAACUUACUUGUUAAUUAGAUAUUAAGAAAAUAGAUUAAUUUGAAGACA